GUGCAUUCAAAUCACUGAAAGAGGCACAAUAAAGACAAAACCCCCAGCACUGGGGAACAGACCAGCGAAAUCCUGAGAUCUCACUCCCCUUUCCUCCUUGGAGUUUGAUCCUGUUACAGUCACUGCAGCUCAUCAUCUGGCUAGAAAAGCACCAGCGGACAGAAAAGGUGCGAAUCUAUGCAAAAUGAAUUGUUUGACCAACAUGAUGCCACAAAAUGCCGUCCCCAGCGCACGGAGGGGCUCUAAAAUAAGAGGAAGAACAACAAUUUGCUUAACAAUAAUUGAUCGUUGAAGAGUCAGAAGGUGGUGGUGACGGGGGCUUGAGGGGGAGGAAAUCACGGGAGACCAUGGGUUAGAGAGAGCAACAGCAUCAGCACUGUGGUGUGUACCAAGGAUGGGUUUGAAGACUGGGCUGGUGUUUUGCGAUCAGCAGCUAUCCCACUUGCAGCAGCAGAGGGUAAGGCUGGGCUUUCUGGAGUGCAGUGCUUGGCUCGUCCUCGCUCCCUCCCUCCCUCGGCGUGUGUAGCGCAGGCGGCUCUGCUGCUGCAGCGUCAGGAAAGAGCCGCCGAGAGAGGCUCCAGCAGCUCCCACCACUUUGGGCAAACUUGCUGGUUUACUGCUUUUUUCCGAGUGGGAAGCGGCGCCUCAGUUGCCAUUCAACAUUUUAAAGCACAAGCCGCUUUGGUGUGAAAGCGCCUGAACCACACUUCUCUGAAAGGCACAAGAGAGGAGGCACAACUACAGAUUUCACCCGCCGAGGCGAUGAGGUUCAGAGGAAACAAUUGACUGGUAUUAUUUUCUUUGCAAAGAGGACUGCUUUUUUAUAAAUCGCAAAGCGGUUCUCCCCUCUCCCCUUUGCCAUUCUGCUUAUAUGGAUGUAAUUCAAAAUCUGUUAAUUCACGUGGGGGAUCCAGUUACAUCUCGUUCCGCUCCGGGUAUAUUAACGAGAGAGCAAAGCAAUAACCGCCUUUGGACACUUAGCCUUGUUGCUAACCUUUGAACUGAAAGAAUCAAGUUUAGAUCUGGUUACCUGCAUUGGGACGGAAAGGAAGAGAGAGAGAGAAAAAGAGAGAGAGAGAGACUGCAAUCUCAUUUGUGAAUCGCUCUCACAGUGCUGCAGAUCCAGAUUGCCAUAACACAUGCAGUGCAAAUGCAGGUAAGGCACACACACAAACUGCGGAUGCAAAAACAAACUUGGGACUGUUUUGUGUGUGUGUAUGUGUAUUGCUCCAGCUUUGGAAAUUCUGGGCAAACGGCUUCUGCAGUUUUUGUAUCGUUCCUUUGUGACUAAUGACCUUGCGCAGAGUUAUUAAAAAAAAAUCCUCUACGGAGAAAGAACUGAACAUUUUAGGCGAUCUGUGAAGAUGGAUUUGGGUGCUUUUCUGCUAACUGAAGGGGAUUUUCUGUGGACUGCUCUGUGAUAUAAGGGGUUCUCGCCUACCCACUGUACAGCUACCGAUAUUAUUGGGGAUUUUUUUUGUAUUUUUCUUUGUUUUUUAUUUUUAAUCAGUUAUUUAAUUGUAUUUUUUGCCCAUUGCUAAGAGGAUUGGGAGUUUUCCGGACACAACCCCUUUGAAUGAGACGAUUCACAUUUUUUUUCCGUGUGCGUGCAGAGUGGGGAAAGAAAAGAGCUAAUGCCCUAGCCGUAAACGGCUGAGAGAGACAGAGGCGAGAAGAGUGUGAAUUGUACUUAACUCUAGGAGCAAAGAAGACGACCUGGGGGCGGGGGGAGCUUCGAAUAGCACCGUGCUGCUCCUGCUUUUAUUACAAACCUUGCGAAGUGAUUACAGUAAAUCCAGAGAGGAGGAGGAGGAGGAAAAUCCCGUCCUAUCUGUUGAGAUGAAUCUUUAAAAAGCAAAAUACACUGUCCCAUGAACUGUAAGCAUAUUGCAACUGGAAGGAAGGGAGGAGAAGAGCCAACACCAGGGUUUUGCUCACCGAUUGCGCCAGUUAUGAGACAAUAAGUUUCCCGGAAGAGAAGGAUUUUAUAAUUGAUCAUCCGCACGCUGAGCAUUUCUGUUGGCUUGUCACCGGAGUUGGUGGGAGAGAGGAGGGGGUUUUUGGUGCGAAGAAGAUGAGGAAGAUGCGGACUCUCUUUGGCUUUGUGCAUUGCUGCUGCUGCUGCUUCUUGCUCCUGCUACCUCCUCCACUCUGGGUCAGCCUGGCCGCGGCCAAGCAGCUGCUGAGGUACCGGCUGGCCGAGGAAGGACCUGCCGACAUCCGCAUAGGCAACGUGGCUUCGGACCUGGGCAUCGUAACGGGCUCUGGAGAGGUGACAUUCAGCCUGGAGUCGGGCUCCGACUACCUGAAGAUCGAUAACAUGACCGGGGAGCUGAGCACCACUGAGCGGCGCAUAGACCGCGAGAAGCUGCCGCAGUGCCAGAUGAUCUUCGAUGAGAACGAGUGCUUCCUGGACUUCGAGGUCUCGGUAAUCGGCCCUUCGCAGAGCUGGGUGGACCUCUUCGAAGGCCGGGUCAUCAUCCUGGACAUCAACGACAACACCCCCACCUUCCCCUCGCCUGUCCUCACCCUUACCGUGGAGGAGAACCGGCCCGUAGGGACCCUCUAUCUGCUCCCCACUGCCACCGACAGAGACUUCGGUCGCAACGGCAUCGAGCGCUACGAGCUGCUGCAGGAGCCCGGCGGCGACGGGGGCAGACGCGGAGGAGGGGGGUCGGCUUCUGCAGCUGAGAGCGCCCUCUACCCCGGUGGCAGUAAGAGGAGGCAGGAGCCGGACGGGGCGGCCCGCAGCAGCGUGUUCGAGCUGCAGGUGGCCGACACCCCUGACGGGGAGAAGCAGCCGCAGCUGAUUGUCAAGGGGGCGCUGGACCGAGAGCAGAGGGACUCCUAUGAACUGAGCCUGAGGGUGCGGGACGGCGGCGACCCGGCCCGCUCCUCCCAGGCCAUCCUGAGGGUGCUGAUCACCGACGUGAACGACAACAGCCCCCGCUUUGAGAAGAGCGUCUACGAGGCGGAUCUGGCAGAGAACAGCAGCCCCGGGACCCCCAUCCUGCAGCUGCGGGCCGCCGACCUGGACGUGGGGGUGAACGGGCAGAUCGAGUACGUCUUCGGGGCCGCCACCGAGUCGGUGCGGCGCCUGCUGCGGCUGGACGAGACCUCGGGCUGGCUCAGCGUCUUGCACCGCAUCGACCGGGAGGAGGUGAACCAGCUCCGCUUCGCCGUCAUGGCCCGGGACCGGGGCCAGCCGCCCAAGACUGACAAGGCCACGGUGGUGCUGAACAUCCGCGACGAGAAUGACAACGUGCCCACCAUCGACAUCCGUAAGAUCGGCCGCAUCCCGCUGCGGGACGGGAUGGCCAGCGUGGCCGAGGACGUGGUGGUGGACACCCCCAUCGCCCUGGUGCAGGUGUCCGACCGCGACCAGGGCGAGAACGGAGUGGUGACCUGCACGGUGGUAGGGGACGUGCCCUUCCAGCUCAAGCCGGCCAGCGAGGGCGAGGGGGAGCCUCAGAACAAGCGCAAGUACUUCCUGCACACCUCAGCCCCGCUCGACUACGAGGCCAUCCGUGACUACAACGUGGUGAUCGUGGCCGUGGACUCGGGCAGCCCCAGCCUGUCCAGCAACAACUCGCUGCUGGUGCGGGUGGCGGACACCAACGACAACCCCCCGGUGUUCGGCCAGGCCGUGCUGGAGGUCUCCUUCCCGGAGAACAACUCGCCUGGGGAGAGGGUGGCCACGGUGGCGGCCACGGACGCGGACAGCGGCAGGAACGCCGAGAUCUUCUACUCGCUGGAGCCCUCGCCCCUCUCCUCGGAGGCGCCUGGCGGCAUCUUCAGCAUCGACCCGGACUCCGGGGACGUGCUGGUGCAGGCUGUGCUGGACCGCGAGCAGCGCGACACCUACGAGUUCCAAGUCACGGCCCGGGACAAGGGGGUGCCGGCCCUGCAGGGCUCCACCACUGUGGUGGUGCGGGUGGCCGACCGCAACGACAACGAGCCGCGCUUCAUGCAGGACGUGUUCACCUUCUACGUGAAGGAGAACCUGCAGCCCAACAGCCCCGUGGGCAUGGUGACAGUGAUGGACGCCGACCGGGGCCGCAACGCCGAGCUCAGCCUCUCCAUCCAGCCCGGGGAGCAGGACCAGGCCGCCGGCAUCUUCUCCAUCGAGAACGACACCGGCACCAUCUACUCCACCGUCUCCUUCGACCGGGAGCAGCAGACCAGCUACACCUUCAAGGUCAAGGCGGUGGACGGAGGGGAGCCGCCCCGCUCGGCCACCGCCACCGUUUCCCUCUUCGUGAUGGACGAGAACGACAACCCGCCCGCCGUCACUUUCCCCAGCAACAGCUCCUACACCGUGCUGCCCCCGUCCAGCAACCUGCGCACUGUGGUGGCCACCGUGCUGGCCACCGACGCGGACACGGGCCUCAACGCCGACCUCAACUUCAGCAUCAUCGGGGGCAACCCUUUCAAGCUCUUCGAGAUCGACCCGGCCAGCGGCGUGGUGUCGCUGGUGGGCAAGCUGGCCCCCAAGCACUAUGGCCUGCACCGCCUGGUGGUGCAGGUGAACGACAGCGGCCAGCCGCCCCAGUCCACCACCGCCUUGCUCCACGUCUUCGUCAACGAGAGCCUUUCCAACGCCACCGUGGUGGAGAGCCAGGUGGCCCGCAGCCUGCACACGCCCCUGGCCCAGGACAUCGCCGGCGACCCCAGCUACGAGCUGAGCAAGCAGAGGCUCAGCAUCGUCAUCGGGGUGGUGGCCGGCAUCAUGACGGUGAUCCUGCUCAUCCUGGUGGUGGUCAUGGCCCGGUACUGCCGCUCCAAGGGAAAGCACGGCUACGAGGCGGGCAAGAAAGACCAUGAGGACUUCUUCACCCCGCAGCAGCACGACAAGGCCAAGAAGCCCAAGAAGGACAAGAAAGGCAAGAAGGGCAAGCAGCCCCUCUACAGCAGCAUCGUCACCGUGGAGGCCUCCAAGCCCAACGGGCAGCGCUACGACAGCGUCAACGAGAAGCUCUCCGACAGCCCCAGCAUGGGCCGGUACCGCUCGGUCAACGGCGGCCCAGGCAGCCCGGACCUGGCCAGGCAUUACAAAUCCAGCUCGCCGCUGCCCACUGUCCAGCUUCACCCGCAGUCCCCCACCGCCGGGAAAAAGCACCAGGCCGUUCAGGAACUGCCCCCGGCCAAUACUUUCGUGGGGGCAGGAGACAACAUCUCCAUUGGAUCGGACCACUGCUCCGAGUACAGCUGUCAGGCCAGCAGCAAGUACAGCAAGCAGGUGGAUACAGUGCAGACUACGCAGCCCCCUGGCCACAUUGAGGAAUCGUGUAAAAUGAAUGUAUGUGCUCGUAAGUGAAACAUUUAUAAAUAAAGCUCCAACUUUAAUGUAUGUUGGAUCAUAAAACAUGUAAAACCUGCUUACUAUCAUAUUAAGAAAUCGAUUCCCAGGGGACAGGGUGACUGCAGAACUGAGAAGAUGUGCAAAACAAAGUUCUUUUUUAAAAAUAAAAAUGAAACCUGAGAACUUUAGAAUUAUUCAAAACAGAUAAACAAACAAACAUUGUCCAAACAAGAGAUUCAAAUUACCUCUUGGAUGUAUUGGGAAAGACACUGAACUGAUUCAAGAUUCCAAAACAGAAAAAAAGAAGGGAUGUGAGAAAGGUUUUAUAAGCUGAAAUCAUCAUCCAUCGAGGAACAGGAUCAAAUACCUUCUUAAUUAGGAGUAUGAAAUGGAGGACACGACCUUUUCCCCUUCAAUCUGUGUUUGAGAAGACAGAUAUUUGAAACUGAAUUUGAUCAGAUUUGCUUCGGUUAAUAAGUGGGAGAGGAGCGCGGAUGGGACUGAAUUUUCAAUGCUUGACGUAAGCAAUCAGUUAUACGUAGAGAAAAAAAAACUUGAGCCUGUGCUAGAUGAACAAAGAACAUGGAAACUAUACCUCAGAAUUGAAUUCUUGGAAAACCAGACACAGUCUCAUCAUUUAGAAACCUUGAGCUACUUGAGGAGUUGAGAAGACUCAGACUCUUUGGAUUUUGCUGAAAAAUGACUUCAUCAGACAUUUAAAGUAGAUAUGCAGAAGAAACCAAAAUGUAUUAAAUGGUCCUAUCACAGAACUUAGAAAUCAGCCAUCAGCCUGCAUAUAGAAAUUUUGCACUUUAAUUGAUAAACAUAGGCUAAUCCAAAUGGAUAAGAAACUCUUAAGUAUUGAAUAUGAAAGACCUCUCCUUGAUUUGAAUAAGUGUACAAAGAAAAGCUUUUCAUUUUGAUUAAAUAAAAACUGCAUGAUAGGGAGAUCCCCUUUGCAUUUCUAGUCCCUAUUAAGAUAAAUAUAUCAAAUUAAAAAAAGGCUAUAUUUUUUGGUACCCAAGAGAUUAAAAAAAAUAUUGGGAGACCACCAAGUUAGUGCAUUGGUUUGUGUCUUUUAGAGGAUGAAGAGGCUGAAUACUCUGUUCCUAAAUAAUAUUUUAUUCAUAUAACCCAUCUUCACCAUAAAUAACAGAAAACAGGGAUAUUUAAGUAUUAAUGAAUGUUUCAAAAUGUUUGCUUAACUCUAAGGUGUAACUUUGACUUUUUCGAAUGUCUGGUCUAAAUCUGGUGCAGUUGUAUGCGGAAACUAUGUUGUAUUCAAUAAUAAAUGGUACAUAUAUUUUAGCUAUUGCUUUCACAAUAUGCCUUUUCUCAUAUUGAAUUACAAAGCUAAAGAUCACAUUUUCCCUUUUGAUUGCUAUGCAUUUAGCUCCAAAUUAUAUCACCCUUCAUGUUUGUCUUUUAGGAACUGGUGGUCUGCCUCUUUCUCCACCUGUAGUCAAUUUCAAGUGGUAGAAUUUAUGAUUUGGGAGAGGUUUUGACCUC